CUUUUCUGUUGCGGGCCGUGAUUUUGAACUUUGUCUCCAUCUUUCCGAUCGCUCUGAAGAGAGAAGGGUGUGUGUGUGUGUGUGGGCCCUCCUCGUGGUGGGCGACUGACAAACCUGCUGAAGAGAAACUCGAAGCUUUUUGUUGGUCCUGCGCCGUUUCUUGCUUUUUUGCCCAUCACAUCACUCACACCUCGUCCUCUUUUACGGUCGGGUCUCUUCACGAUUCCCAUAUCUUAUAUCUUUGCUCUCUCUUUUUUUCCCACUUUCCUCCCCCUCGGCAAUGCAAUAGACCACCAGUUUCGCUGCUCUUUUUCUCGGGGGCCUCAACAAAAAUCUCUAACUCCUUCCUGUUUUUAACCGUCACAGUGUUACAUCGGGCAACAAACCAUCCGGCCGUUUUGUCUCCCUCUUAACUUAUAAACUCACCUCACCCACAGAUAUAUCUCACUUACACAUCGCCAUUGGUAAUACAACAUUGAAUUUUAAUAUCCCCCCGAGUAUCGUAAAACUCAAAUGUCAGAACAACAAUCCCAAGAACUCCGCGAAAUGUCGCCGUCGCGGCCGCCGGCACAGAUGCCGAGCCUGUCGAUGCGCGUAAAGUCGUCGAUGAUUAUGGGGAUCACGGGACUGAUCUCGCGCUGCUUCCUGCACGGGUUCAACACGGUAGAGACGCACGGGCUGGCUCAGUUCAGGGAGCUGUUGGACAGCCGGGCUGAUCCGGAGAAGAGGGAGAGGGGAUUGUUAACUGUUUCCAACCAUGUCAGCGUUCUUGACGACCCCAUGGUAUGGGGUUUGCUGCCUCUUUAUUACGCCUUCAACCCAAACAACCUCCGUUGGACAUUAGGGGCGCAUGACAUCUGCUUCAAGAACCAACUCUUCUCCUCCUUCUUCACCCACGGCCAAGUCCUCCCCUGCCACCGAUCAAAACACUCCCCCCACGGCGGCCUCUUCCAACCCUGCAUGACGCAAGCCAUCCGCCUCCUCUCCCACCCGUCCCCCUCCCCUCCCGCAUCACCCUACUACACCACCACCGGCACCGACUCGAUUCUCUCCCCGCUAACGCACCCCCAACACCGCCGGUACAGCUGGGUGCACGUCUUCCCCGAGGGGCUGGUCCAUCAACACCCCGAUGUUGAUUUGCGGUACUUCAAGUGGGGCGUCGCGAGGCUCAUCCUGGAGUCUGAACCAAGCCCGGAUAUCGUCCCCAUGUUUAUCGACGGAACGCAAAAGUGCAUGGCGGAGGACAGGGGGUUUCCAAAGUUUUUGCCGAGGGUGGGCAAGACGGUGAGGGUUACUUUUGGGGGGGUGCUGGACUAUGAGGCGACGUUUGGGGACUUGAAGGCGAGGUGGGAUGAGCUUGUCAGGAGGGAGACUAAGAAGGGGAAUACGACGAAAACGGUGGGGUGGUUGUGGAAGACAGCUGUGAUUGAACAGACAGAUGAUGGGGAUGGGGAUGGGCAACGACAGGUGGGCGAGUUGACGAGUGAGGAGUUACGCAACGGCAGAGAGGCGAGGGAGAUCAGGAUUGAGGUUGCGAGGAGGAUGAGGGGGGAGAUUUUGCGGUUGAGGAGCGAGAGGGGGGUUUACAAGGAGAGCGAGGAGAGUUUUGGGAGGGCGGAGACGUGGAGGGUGGAUAAGGGGGAGGAGGGGAAGAAGUAUAGGAGCCGGGUUGAUGGGAGUCAGAUUAAUCAGGAUUAGGAGACUUGAGGAAAAGAAUUUGGGAUUGGAAUUUGGGGGUGGGUGGUGUUUACCGGCUUGUUGUGUAUAUAUUUUUGUUUUACUUCGCGUGGUGUUUGGGAAAGAUAAAAAAGCGGGAGAGAGGAUGGCUAGAGAUAAAUUUGGGAGGGCAGCGAACGAAUUGUACCAUGAAGAA